UCGUCACCGUCCUGGAUGAGGCUGAUCAGUGUGGUGUCGUCUGCAAACUUCAUGGAACACUCAUUCAAUGGCACCUCAUUCAGCGUGUAUUCUGUUCCCAUUUUUAGUGUUCUUAUAAUGUUUUCAUAUAUUUUAAGUCCCUCAUCCUAUGAUUGGAGGGAUUCUCCUGAUCCUGUAUAUUAGAAAGAUGGUGAUUGCAUCAUCAUAAGGUUCUAGAAUUUUGCGGUCAUUACAGUUCUGCACAAUGACUCUCACUCACUCACUCACUCACUCACUCACACUCACUCACACAUUUGUAACAAUCUGUCGUGUAUCAACAACUUUUGAUAGAUCUUAGUUUCAUGUAGAACAGUCAAAAUAGAAAUGUCUGGUAGUCAAGUGAUCAGAGAAUUUAACAGAUCUUUCACAACAACUUCAGAGGAAGAGCUGGAGCUUGACCUUGAGGACCUUUCUGGACAAGAAAGUGCAUCAUUCAGCAUGCUCAUGAAUGAGCUGAAUAGAGAGAUUGAUCGCUCUGCAGUCUUUGGAGUUACUGACCCACAGGAAAUCCUCUCCAAUAAGCUGAAGCCUUUGAUGAAGAAUGUGCUAACAGAGUCGUACUAUGUCCAGCACCUUUCAGAGCAUCUGAGGCAAAAAGAGUUGCAGAUGCCUAGAGAUCAGGAUGAGGUGCACAUCUGUAGGAUUUCAACUGAACCUUCUCUCCAGCUCUCUGAGACUGACACAAUGAGGCUGCAGUUGUAUGAUCUCGAGCAGCGACUCGUCAGGGCAGAGGAGGAGAAGAUGAAGUUGUGCACAGAGCUCCAAGAGAAAGUAUGCGCAUCUGAGAACAUGGUCCAGUCCCUCCAGCUGGAACUCAGCUUCUCUCAGCGCUCCAUCCAGUUACUGAGUUAUAAUCUGCUCCAGUCUGCAGACAGUGUACAGUCACUUAAUGUGGAGCUGAAAGCAAAGGAAGAGAAAAUCCAGCUGCUGGAACAAAGACUGCUCAGUGCUCAAGAGAGCACAAAACUCAUACAGAAGGACUUGGAUGUGUCUAAGGAUCUCUCUCACACCUUUCAGCAGCAGCUGAGCACCACAGUGGAGCAGAAUCGUGUACUCCAGGAAGCGCUGAUGGCAUGCGAGGCACGAGUUCAGGAGGCAGAGAAAGAAAAACAACGGGGGGUUAAGGCCAAGGAAAAGUGUGAGAAGAAGAUAAGGAAUACAAAACUCGUGCUUAAAGCCUUGAACAAACAGCUAGAGCUAGUGCAAGACAAACUGGAGGGGGAGCUGAAAAUGUCACUGGAGAGAGAGGACAAUCUGAAGAUGACUAUAGAAAAAGCCACAGCUAAUCACAAGGCUGAAGUAAAACAACUGCAGCACAGUCUAUAUCUAGCCAAAGUGGAGGCCAGAGAAAUGGAGAUGAAUCUUCGCAAUGACAUCAUAGAUCUAAAACAAAAGCUGGGGGAUAAACAUGCCUACUUAGAUGGAGAACUGAAGAAAUCACUGAAGAAAGAAAUGAAGUUUGAGGAAACAGUAAAGAAGCUCACACUUACAGAACGUCUGCUGCCAUGUGACAUGCCGGUUAAGGAGACUGACAGAGAGAAUCCAUGGAAGGUUCUAAACAAUAUAUUGUAUGUUGAUAAAAUAAAUAAGGACUUGCAUGAACGUAUGGACAACAGGUUGUGGAGCACCAAAGCUGACCUGCAGAUGAGGCUGAAGGUGUCAGGAGAGGAGAAACUGGAGAAUCUGAAGAGGAUGAGAAAAAACAUAAAGGCGAAAAAGGCUGAAAUAGAACCACUGAACAGUCUACAUAAAGCCAAGGAGGAGGCCACAGACACUGAAGGAAGACUUACUACUGACACCUCACAAGGAAAGCUGAUUGACGAAAACACCACCAUGAUCAGAGGGCUGAAGAAAUCACUUAAGCAUGAAGGAAAGCUUGAAGAAAAAAUAAAGAACCUCAGGCAUCAGCUGAUUAAGGAGGCACAAUACCCACUUCUGGACUGCCUUGGAAUGAACCAGCAGAAUGUAACUAAGGACCAUCUCAGAUGGAGGAAAAACUGUCCGUGGGGAUGAACCCAGUGGUGAACACAGUCAAGCAGGAUCUGAGAGAGCAGUACGGAUAAAAUGAAUGAAAUCACAAAUGUUGAUUCAAAAUUGAUCAAUACAUUUUUGUUGCUAGUUA